AUGAAAAUUGGACUAUUUAAAAGUAAAUCAUUCUUUAAAAAAAGAGUUUUAAACAUGAUAAUAAUUAUUUCUUUGGUUAUUUUUACAGUUAUAAUGAUGUAUGUUUAUUAUAAAUUUAAAAUUGAUAAUUUAGAAAAAAAACAUUUUUAUAUUCAAGAAAGAUUAAAGAAAAAAUAUUUUUAUAAAUUGAAGGAGGAAACUGAAAAUUAUAAAAAACAAUUUAAGAAAUUAGAAGAGAAAAUAAAAAUGAUGCAUCACAAGUCUAAUUCUUAUUUAAAAAUCAUAAGAAUAUUGUUGUGUAAAAAUCAAGAGAUUUUUAACAAAUUAAUUGAUAAUUUAAUUAAUUAUACUCGUAAAUCUUUUGAUAAAUCAGAUUAUGAUACAUUUAAAAUUAUUAAAAAAUCAAUUUAUACAGUAUUGCUCAAAAAAACGUGGACAAGUAAAAAAAUGAAAAAUAUCAUCAAUAAAGAAAUAUCAUGA